AGAGUUAUAGAUCUAAGAAUUCGUGAUACUACACAUCCGCCAUUUUUGAUUGACCAAAAACACUUCCUGGUCUAAAAAAACUUCGGGGACAAAAACGGCAUAUUUUAUGUGGAUUUAAGAGUCAAUAGCCCAUCAUAUAUAACAUAUGGAAGUGCGAAUUAAAUGAAGUUAAAUUAAUGAAGUGUUUGUGAAUUUUGUGUACCCGAAAAUGGGCAACUGUUUGAGGAAACACGAAAGCAAAGAAAAUUUGAACAAUGACCCAAACAAAUUUAAAAAGGGAGUUGUAAAUGGCGGUACAGCCUCUUCAAAUCCCGUCAUAGACCCUAUAAAUGUGAACGUCCAGUUACAAGGACCUUCGAUCAAUAGCCCUGUGCAGCAUUCAAGUGUCGCAGGAGACAAUAAUUCUUCAGCAGGAAUUUCAUCACCAAACAUCAAACUUUUUAUAGCGUUAUAUGAUUAUGAGGCAAGGACAGACGAGGAUUUAAGUUUUAAAAAAGGAGAACAGUUGGAAAUAAUAAAUGAUACACAAGGCGACUGGUGGUAUGCUCGAUCAAAGGAUUCAAAAUUUGAAGGCUAUAUUCCAUCGAACUAUGUUGCUAAAGUCAAAAGCUUAGAAUCAGAAGCCUGGUACUUUGGAAAAAUCAAACGAAUUGAAGCAGAAAAGAAACUUCUGCUAGCUGAGAAUGAACAUGGAGCUUUCCUAAUACGAGAUAGUGAAAGUAGAAGAAAUGAUUUCUCACUUUCUGUCCGCGAUGGAGACACAGUUAAACACUAUAGAAUCAGACAAUUAGACGAAGGGGGCUUCUUUAUAGCUCGCAGGGUCUCAUUCCGUUCACUCUCUGAACUUGUGGAACAUUACACCCAUGAUGCAGAUGGUCUCUGUGUCAAUCUACGGAAGCCAUGUAGCAAGAGUGAUAAACCUCAAACUGUAGGUUUAUCAUAUAACACAAAGGACCAAUGGGAGAUUCCUAAGAGUUCAUUACGGUUAAAGACCAAAAUUGGUCAUGGACAGUUCGGGGAGGUUUACGAGGGUCUAUGGAACAACACUACUCCUGUUGCUAUUAAGACACUCAAGCCAGGAACUAUGGACCCCAAAGACUUCCUGGCCGAGGCACAGAUAAUGAAGAAACUCAGACAUAACAAACUUAUACAACUAUAUGCAGUAUGUACCAAGGAUGAACCUAUAUAUAUCGUCACAGAGCUUAUGAGGCAUGGCAGUUUACUGGAAUACUUACAAGGAAAAGGAAGAGCAUUGAAGUUGCCACAACUUAUAGAUGUCGCUGCCCAGAUUGCCUCUGGGAUGGCUUACCUGGAGUCACAAAAUUACAUUCACAGAGAUCUUGCUGCUCGUAACAUUCUAGUUGGUGAAGGAAACUGUGUCAAGAUUGCAGAUUUUGGCCUAGCUCGGGUUAUCAAGGAGGAUGAAUAUGAAGCCAGAGUUGGUGCUAGGUUUCCGAUAAAGUGGACAGCCCCAGAAGCAGCCAACUAUAACAGAUUCACCAUCAAGUCUGACGUUUGGUCUUUCGGGAUCCUUCUCACAGAAAUUGUCACAUAUGGCAGGAUUCCAUACCCAGGAAUGACAAAUGCAGAAGUACUGCACCAAGUUGAGCAUGGCUAUAGGAUGCCCUGUCCCCCAGGAUGCCCCCAGGCACUUUAUGAAAUCAUGUUAGAGUGCUGGAAGAAGGAAGAAAUGGAACGUCCUACAUUUGAGACCUUGCAGUGGAAGCUUGAAGAAUUCUUCACUUUACCAGGGAGCGAAUAUAAUGAGGCUUCUGCCAUUAGAUAAUGACUACUGCUUUAGGCUAUCAGUGCUGGAAUUCACGUCAUCUUGCGAUCUUACAGUUCAUUUUAAGUAUUUGAGGAUUGUGUUGAGGGGUGUACGAGUAUAAAUAUAUAAAAAUCACUAAAAAUGAAAAAUAAGGUGGAAGAGUAGUUUGCCCAUGAACAAGCAUGGAAUUCACAUGAAAACUGGAUAGAAAUCGCUUGCUUUGUUCAUUGUUUUUGCCUAAAUGGAAAGUUGUAUGCCAAGUUGUAUUUUAAUCAAGAACAGUUUGAUCAGAGAAGACGUGGUUACUGAGCUCUGCUUCACACAAAUCAGUUUAAUGUGAGCGUUGAUUGUACAUGUAUGUUGUGCCGCUAUGCGGACAAAACACACACAAUGACACUGUACUGUACCAGUAAUGUUUAUUUGGAUGGUCCUAUAUUAAGGAACUUCAGUUGAGAAAAUGUGCACUUUUAUGAUGGUAUUAGUCGUACUUUAUUGAAGAAACACCAAUAGGUUAUUAUGACUUCAAUUAUUAUCAACGAGAAAAUCGUGACACAUUUCACGAUUGAAUUUCCUCAAUAUUUGAAGUGAUCGUAUUAUGAAAAAGGAGAUUAUCACCACAAGGAUAUAUCAUUGCCAUGUGAUGAAAUCAUCACAUGCAAGCACUGUUAAAUCAUGAAAAAAACUGCUAAAAGUUAAUUGUGUUUUUCUUGUGAAUGUCUGAAUGCUUCGUGUUCCUCUAUCAGUAUUGAGUAGGUGGUUCGAUUUGAGCCGUUUGUAAUAAAGUUGAUAUAAAAUAGCUUGAUGGAAAGCAGUGUAUGACUGAAUUCUAAAAUAAUGACAACACUGUUGAUGCUUAUUAAAAUUAAUCAGAAUUUUACAAUCAAAAUGAUUGCCAUCGUCUAUAUUUUAUUCAGUUUUUUGUAGAUAUUUCAAUCAUAUGAUGCUAAAUACAAGUAGAAGUGUUAAAGAUUGUAUGAUAGCCAGACACGAGGCACGCGAGGCCAUUGCCACACCAAAAUUUUAAUGAAAUAUUGAAAAGUCCAAAGGUAAUAAAAUACCUCAUUUGGCCUAAAUUUGCCUCACCUAUUUACAUUUGCCUCGCCAUUGUGAAUUUUAGAAAUUAGA